UGUGACGAGCAGAGGUCUGGGGGCCAAAACAAUUCAAGCAACACACAUAACAACUCCGUAUCCUGUGAUAGAUCCACUAUCAGCACCUGACACCUCGAAAAACAGGAAAAACGUCUCAGCAGGAACACAGAUGUGUUUGAGUGUUUGGGGGAGGAGCAUGAACUGAUAUAUAACUCCAGCAGACAGAAAUCUCAGCUUCACUCAACAAACGAGAGAGAGGCUGACCACAUCAUGUCGUACUAUGAGCAUAUCCUUUUCGACUCCGACUACAAUGAAACGGGGUCUGGUUCUGGUUCUGGGGACCUGGGAGCGGAUCUGGAGGAGCCCUGUGACGUGGAGAAUGUGAUCACUGAUGAGCUUCAGAGGAUUUUCUUGCCAGUGGUCUACGUCCUCAUCUUCACCCUGGGCAUCACCGGGAAUGGCCUGGUGGUCGUAGUCCUGGGCUGCCAGCGCAGGUCGAAAUGCAGCCUCACGGAUCGGUACCGGCUCCACCUCUCGGCUGCUGAUCUCCUCUUCGUUCUGGCGCUGCCGUUCUGGGCCUUGGACGCGGCCCUGUCCGACUGGCGCUUUGGAGAAGCCGUUUGCAUUGGUGUGCAGGUGAUCUACACCGUCAACCUGUACGGCAGCGUGCUCAUUCUGGCGUUCAUCAGCCUGGACCGGUACCUGGCUGUGGUCCGAGCCACAGACACCAACACCGGUGGGCUGAGGCAGCUGCUGGCACAUAAACUGGUGUAUGUAGGUGCUUGGUUGCCUGCUGCCCUGCUGGCCGUACCAGAUCUGAUCUUUGCCCGGACUCAGGAGGGAGGAGAGGGGUCCACUCUGUGCCAGCGGUUUUACCCAGCAGACAAUGCUCCUCUGUGGGUUGCAGUCUUUCACCUCCAGCUAGUCCUGGUGGGACUCAUGGUUCCAGGCCUGGUUCUCCUGGUGUGUUACUGCGUUAUCGUCACCAGGCUGACCCGAGGCCCGCUGGGGGGCCAGAGACAGAAGCGGCGGGCUGUUAGGACCACCAUCGCCCUGGUGCUCUGCUUCUUCGUGUGCUGGCUCCCCUACGGCGCGGGGAUCUCCGUGGACGCUCUGCUGCGCCUGGAGGUCCUCCCGCGGAGCUGCAGACUGGAGGCUAUUUUAGGCGUGUGGCUGACGGUGACCGAGCCCAUGGCGUUCACUCACUGCUGCCUGAACCCGCUGCUGUACGCUUUCCUCGGGGCUGGGUUCAAGAGUUCGGCCCGCCGAGCCCUCACUCUGAGCCGCAUCUCCAGUUUGAAGAGCUUACCUCGAAGACGCCCCGGGGCCUCCACAACCACCGAGUCUGAAUCCUCCAGUUUACAUUCCAGCUAGAGUUUGCUUGUGUUGUCGUAGCCAAUGUACUGUAAAUACUGUACAUAAUUAAAAAUAAAUAUUUGUGUGUGAGGAAAUUUACACAGAGUAUAAGGAGCAGUCUGCUGGCCCAUGACUGCUCUUGUCCCUCACUGUGGGGUUUCUCCUGUAAAUAGCGUUGUCAUACUGCUGUGCCUGUAUUCUCCAUCCUGGAUGUUUAUAAUAAAAUAUGAAAGAAAAACAUA